GAACAAGUUAAUUCAUUUCCGGUAGAACAAUACUGGAUGGAUCUAGCAAAGUAUAAACUAGAGAACGAGAUUUAUCUCGAAGAGUCUCAACAUGUUCUGGACGCGACAAAGGAUACACGAGAACAAGGUCAUUUGCUACGAAAAACUAUUACGAAAAGGUUUGAAAAACGGAGUGUCUCAGAAGUCGAAGAAAAGGUGAAACCAGUUAAUUACACAAUCACUGACUUCAAGCUUAGUUACAAUAAACCGAUUUAUGACUUCCCUUUGGGGAGGAGAAUUAAGAAUUUUAUUUCUUUUUUUUUGUAUUUAGUCUGAUGAUGAUUUCAUGCCUGUCUGUCAACCAAAGCGGAAAAAUUUAUCAUUAUCGAAGAAUAAAGAAUCGGCUGACUCAGAAGGCUAAAACAAGUUCCUCAGUUGCGAAAAUAUCUUCGGAAGGAAAACAAACUGAAAGAUGCUCUAAGGAUGGUAGAGACAAUAGAGAUAAUAAAAACUUGGAUUUUUCAACAAGAUCAGAAAGCACACUGGAGUGUGAUGAUGAUGACAAUUCUCGAAUAAUGUCUACAUAUGAUUACGAAAAAUAUAAAAAAUCCUACACUGAAAUGAAUAAUUCAAAUAAGUGGGUACUCACAACUGGAACUGUUGUGGAGGACGUUCUUUACAAUUUCAGCCUGCGUUGCAAGUAUGAACAUCUUGCUCAUUCGUUUAUACUAGAUCCUGAUGACAAUAAUUACCUGAUAGAAAGUGUUUUUACUGAAAGUGAAUUACACGAAAUUCGACAUUAUCAAACCAAGGAAACACUGUUGAUGCCUCUGGAAUUGCUGAAGUAUUUAAUUCGUGAUCUGCCAGUGAACCAUAAACUUGGCUAUUAAAUUUCAGUGAAAGUUAUAUAUAUAUUUACUAAUAGC